CGGAUCCCCGCCCUGGCCCCGCCCGCCGCCGCCUUCUACCUGCCGGGCCUGGCGCCCGUCAACUUCUGCGAGGCCGGCAAGGAGAAGCCCGAGUGCAAGUCUGGAAUCGAGCUGUUUGUGAACAGACUUGACUCAGUAGAGUCUGUCCUCCCCUACGAAUACACUGCGUUUGACUUUUGUCAAGCAGAAGGAAAGAAGCGUCCAUCUGAAAACCUUGGCCAAGUCUUGUUUGGAGAGAGGAUAGAACCGUCUCCUUACAGGUUCACAUUCAACAAGAAGGAGACAUGCAAAUCUGUUUGUACAAAAACAUAUGAUACCACAAAGCCAGAAGAUAAACAGAAAUUAGACUUUUUGAAAAAAAGUAUGCUACUGAAUUACCAACAUCACUGGAUUGUGGACAACAUGCCUGUGACGUGGUGUUAUGAUGUGGAAGAUGGCCAGAGGUUCUGUAAUCCUGGUUUUCCUAUUGGCUGUUACAUUACAGAAGAUGGCCGUCCAAAAGAUGCCUGUGUUAUUAAUUCAGAAUUUCAUGAAAAAGAUACCUUUUAUAUUUUCAACCACGUUGACAUCAAAAUAUAUUACCAUGUUGUGGAAAAUGAAGCUCUGGGAGCAAGACUAGUUGCUGCUAAACUUGAACCAAAAAGUUACAAGCAUACUCAUGCAGACAACCCUGACUGCUCAGGAGUACCUAUGGAUAUAAGUAAUAAGGCUAGUGGAGAAGUCAAAAUUGCAUACACAUACUCAGUUACUUUUCAAGAAGAAAAAAGCAUCAGGUGGGCAUCAAGAUGGGAUUAUAUUUUGGAAUCCAUGCCUCACACUCAUAUCCAGUGGUUUAGUAUUAUGAAUUCCUUAGUGAUUGUCCUCUUUCUGUCUGGAAUGGUAGCUAUGAUUAUGUUGAGGACACUGCAUAAAGAUAUUGCAAGAUACAAUCAGAUGGAUUCCACUGAAGAUGCUCAAGAAGAAUUUGGCUGGAAAUUGGUUCAUGGUGAUAUUUUCCGGCCCCCAAGAAAAGGAAUGCUGUUGUCAGUUUUUCUAGGCUCUGGCACACAAAUCUUAAUAAUGACUUUUGUUACCCUGUUUUUUGCUUGCCUGGGAUUUUUGUCACCUGCUAACAGGGGAGCUCUAAUGACCUGUGCUGUAGUUCUGUGGGUACUGCUUGGAACUCCAGCUGGUUAUGUUGCUGCCAGAUUCUACAAAUCAUUUGGAGGUGAGAAAUGGAAAACAAAUGUCCUGCUGACAUCAUUCCUUUGUCCUGGAAUUGUAUUUGCAGAUUUUUUUAUCAUGAACCUCAUUCUCUGGGGAGAAGGCUCUUCAGCAGCUAUUCCAUUUGGUACCUUGGUUGCUAUUUUGGCACUCUGGUUUUGCAUAUCUGUACCACUGACGUUUAUUGGUGCCUAUUUUGGGUUUAAGAAAAACGCUAUUGAACACCCUGUUCGCACAAACCAAAUUCCACGCCAGAUUCCUGAGCAGUCAUUCUAUACAAAGCCAUUACCUGGCAUUAUCAUGGGAGGAAUUCUUCCUUUUGGAUGCAUCUUUAUACAGUUGUUCUUUAUUCUCAAUAGUAUUUGGUCCCACCAGAUGUAUUACAUGUUUGGCUUCCUGUUUCUGGUGUUUAUUAUUUUGGUUAUUACAUGUUCUGAGGCUACAAUAUUGCUCUGCUACUUCCACCUAUGUGCAGAGGACUAUCACUGGCAGUGGCGUUCAUUUCUCACUAGUGGCUUCACUGCAGUUUAUUUCCUAAUAUAUGCAAUACAUUAUUUCUUUUCUAAACUGCAAAUCACAGGAACAGCUAGCACCAUUUUAUAUUUUGGUUACACCAUGAUUAUGGUUUUGAUCUUCUUCCUUUUCACAGGGACAAUUGGAUUCUUUGCAUGCUUUUGGUUUGUAACCAAAAUAUACAGCGUAGUGAAAGUCGACUGAAGAAACCGAUGUAAAGAGUUAACACAGGAGAGGUUUAAUCUUCAUUAACGUAACUUAAAAACCUGGUCUCGUUGAUGAACUUGAGCUUUAUCAGAAGUAUUGGCUUCCUGUUCUUUGAGAAUGAAAUGCACCUACUUUUCCACUAACACGUUUGUAUUGUGACUUAACAACCUGUUUUCAUUCAAACCUUAAUGAAGAUCAGAGUUACGAUAUUUAUGCUUUUGUAAAUACAACUAUACUUUAGAAGAAAUGUUAAAUUCUAAUGGCAGAAUAGAAGUGGCUGUAUUACACAACUUAAUGAUACUUCUGAUCAAAGUACAACUGUAAAUAGGUUUUUCUAGCUUGGUAGGUGGGAUGAAUUAUUUUUCUUUGAGGGAAAUGAGAACUUUUUAUUAUGCUAACUUUGAAGGAUGACUCUUAAGAAGUGUUGCUUUUAGUCUGGAUGUGAUUUUUAUUUUUUACUGGUGUUACGUCCAUAAAUAUUCUGAUUUCUGUGACUUAAUUAGUUUUGGUGUUCUUGGCCUUUUAAACUAUGUGCCUCUGAGUUCUUGAAUUUAUAAAUUCAUAAUCUAAUAAACGUUGUAAAAAUGUCUUCAUUGACUUAUUACAUAUUAUAAGUUCAUAAAAAUAUGUAAAUACUAUUAUGUUGAAGACAGAUGCUUAAGAUUGCAUAGAGUAUUUUAUGGCAUUUUCUAUGGUUUAAUGUAAAUUGACACACAUUUAGACCUGCAAGAAUUGUGCUAAACAGCUAUAACAUGGACGUGAUUGUGGCGCACGAGAACUAAAUUACACACACAUUUAACAAAACCACUGCAGCAUUAAUCCAGUCCUUAACCCAGAGACGUUUCCAGAGAUUGCUAUGGAGUUGUCACUAUGUUGAGAAGAUCUUGCAAUGCAUGAGUCGGCAUUAUCUGUCGAUCUUGCUUUUAGAUCUCAAUGAUGCAUAUUCUAUAGAGCAGCUAUUGCUGACUGUACUUAAUGUAGGUUAAAAAAUAAAAGAAGAUUACUAUUUUUGCCUUAUAUUAACAGACUAAUGUCAAUUUUGGAUGACUGGCAUUAAACCUGUAUUUGCCUUUUUUUGGAAAUGGAGUAUUUUGUUAAAACCUUGUUCAGUAGUUUUAGACACAAAACACAGUUUGGUUGGUAACAUUUUAUUUCAAAUUAAAAUUCAUGUACCAAUUACCGUUCAUGAGAUUGGGGGGUUUUAUUCUUACCAGUUUACUUUCCUAAAGGACCUUAACCUGGUGAUGCUUGAAUAUUGGACCCAAUAAAAAUAAUCUUUGGUUAAGGUAACUUGUCAUUACUAUUAACCUCCCAGAAGUUGGCACAUCAAGGCUUCAGGAGGCAUUCCCACAAUUGCAGUGCUCCACAACCCUUCCCAGAUGAACCACAGCAUUUGUGCUCUGCCUGUCACCAGACAUAGCUCUGUUCAGAUGUGGACAGGUUUGUUCUUGUGCCCUUCCCAACAUGCAGUCACUAGGAAAUACUGACUUUAGGUAAAUCUUUCAUGUUUUAUGUUCAAAACAGGAAAAGGGUGAGUAUGGUGUUUGCUCUUGAUUACUGCUGUGAACUGUAGUGUAACUCUUGAUUC